CUAACGAAGGGAACCGCAAGAUUGAAAGGCUGAAGCUUAACUGCGAAAGGUCGAAGGAAAUAUAGAACGAAUGCUGAAUACAGAAGGGAGAAGACGGGAAGAAAGACCCGCUGACGACCGCAGCUAGUCAGCGCCAGGCCUCCACCCUGCCACCACCGCACGUUCGCACCACGCAGCGACUCCCUUCCUGACCGCCUCCGACCUCCAGGACCACGACCGCACCAUCCCGGCAGUCCACUGUCCACGCUAGGCCGCUGUCUGCACUCCUGCAGUAACCGGUCGUAAAAUGGACAAGGAAACAGAUUAUGAGCUUUUGGUUGCAGACAAUAUCAUUGGACCAUUUCUUAUUGCUUCAAAUUGUUCCAGCAUACAAAUGGCCCUGGAGAAGCUUAUUGAAAUUGCUAAAACUGCAGAAGGCCGUUCGCACCUUGCUUCCCAAAAUGUCAUUUCCAAACUCCUGCAAAUGUGCUUAUCCAUCUCAUACCCUAUGGGUUGUCACAUCCUUUCCCUAUCCUUAAAGUUACUUAGAAAUCUCUGUGCAGGAGAAAUAAGAAACCAAAAUGCUUUUCUUGAAGAAAAUGGAGUGGAAGUUAUCUCAACUACUAUAACUUCCAUAGGAGAUGCUUCUGAUUAUAAUGCUGAGAUUGUUCGAAUGGCUCUGCAACUUCUGGCUAAUUUUGUAUUGGCGGGUGGAGAACAUCAGCGGGCUGUUUGGUGCAAAUUCUUUCCAAAUGGGUUCUUGAAUCUUGCCAGGGUAAGAAGCAGUGAGUCUUGUGAUCCCUUGUGUAUGGUUAUUUACACUUGUUGUGAAGGGGAUGAUAAGCUAUUAACUGAUUUAUGUAAUGAACAAGGGUUGCCUGUGGUUGUUGAAAUUAUAAGGACAGCAUGUAUGGGUAUGUGUAAUCAUAUUACUUAUACAUUUGUUUAACUUUCAAUAGUGAAUAGAUAAAAGGCAUGCAAAUUUUCUCUUGGGGCAAAAUGAUUUAAUUCAUUAUUUGUUUGACAGCUGAUUCCACCACAGGGAGCGGGUUCAAUUUGCUUCUAUCAAAAAUUUGCAUUGAAGGGUAUCACACUGCAUCACUUUUCUUCAAGUUAAAUCCAGAUUAUGCUGCUGGUAUGAUUCCUGCAGAUGGCCAUUAUGUUUCUGAGCAAACAUAUACUUUGCGCACCCUUUCUGAUGUAUUGAACGGCGGAAUAGAGGUUUUAGCUGUAACCUCUGAUUUUGCUUUGUGCAUUCUUGGGAUACUAAGAAGUGCUGCUGGCGGUGUUGAUUUUACAACUAGAGGAAAAAUAGGUCUUCCGACUGGCUCCGUUCUUGUAAAUGUUCUAGGGUAUUCUUUGACCAUUUUGAGAGAUAUUUGUGCAUGUGAUCGCCGCACCGGUUUCAAAGAUGAUGUCGUGGAUGUGCUCGUUUCAUCUGGACUAAUUGAGUUGCUACUUUCUUUCCUCCGUACCCUUGAACCUCCGGCAAUAAUUCAAACUGCGAUGAAACAACAGCAACACCGCGAGAACCGCCAAGAGGAGGAAGAGACCACCAUGUCUUCUCGUCAGAUUGUCGCUUGUUGUCCUUACAAAGGUUUUAGGAGAGACAUUGUUGCAAUACUUGGAAAUUGUGCAUACAGGAGAAAGUACGUGCAAGAUGAAAUUAGGGAGAAAAAUGGCAUUGUUUUAUUAUUGCAACAGUGUGUCCCUGAUGAAGAUAACCCCUUCUUAAGGGAAUGGGGUAUUUGGGCAGCAAGGAAUCUAUUUGAAGGAAACAUAGAUAACGAAAGAGUUGUUGCAGAUUUAGAGCUUCAGGGGACCUUAAAUGUUCCUGAACUUGCUCCGCUUGGUCUUCGAGUAGAAGUAGACCCCAGAACUCAUUGUGCCAAGCUCGUAAACUAACGAUUAGACCGGAAUCUCGGAUCAGUGAUUGCUACCCUAUUGAUCAUUUGAUUGUAUCUUGCUUAUAUUUGUAUUUUUGAAUUAUGUAUUUUAUACUCAGUAGUGAUGUUAUGCUAUUACUCAAGUAAAAGCCCUCAUUUUGAGAAGAGAGGGGAAGGCAUACAUUAUUUAUGGGGAAACAUCAAAUUCUCAAUAUCAAAUGUAAUCUAGGAGUAUAAUGUCGUCCUAAAUUGAAACAAUUAUUGACACGCUUGACAAAUAAUUUUAGAAUGAUACGUUC